CCAUAGAAUUCCUUUCUGAUUCAAAAUCCAAUGGGUCAGCUAAUCUAUGUUUUCCUUGGCUUUCUUAUUCUCACUAGUGUUAGCAUUAGCAUUUGCAAUGGAAACUCUAGCGUAGCCUGCAUUGAGAGCGAGAAAGAAGCCCUUUUGAAGUUCAAGCAAGGUAUCGUGGAUCACACCAACCGAAUGGCCACUUGGAUUUCUGAUGUAGAUUGUUGCAGAUGGACAGGAAUUGUCUGCGAUAACAUGACUAGCCAUGUCAUUGAACUCCACCUCAGAAGUCCUACAUUUGAUUAUUAUGACGCUGAUGAGAAAUCAAAGCUGGGUGGCAAGAUAAGUCCUUCUUUGCUCCAUUUGAAGCAUUUGAGUUAUUUAGAUCUCAGCAACAAUGAUUUUAAAGGAAUCCCUAUUCCCAAAUUUUUUGGAUCCUUCGGAAGUUUAAGAUACCUUAAUCUCUCCUAUGCAAAAUUUGGAGGGGAAGUUCCUCACCAUCUUGGAAAUCUCUCCAAUCUAAAAUAUCUCAACCUUCAUGGUGAUAAAUUUUUUAGGGCUAUGUACGUUAAGAAUCUCCAUUGGCUGUCUAGUCUUUCUUCAUUAGAGCACCUUAGUUUGAGUUUUGUCAACCUUAGCAAAGCAUCCAAUUGGUUUCCUACAUUUAGUGCACUUCCUUCCUUGGUGGAAUUACACUUGUCACAUUGUCAACUUCCACCUCAGCUCCAUCUCAUUACAAGUGUAAAUUUAUCAUCUCUUUUUGCCCUUUCUCUUUCUGGGAAUGGUUUAGGGAACUUGUCAAUGAUGAAUUGGGUUUUUGAUCUCAAUAACCUGAUUUACCUUGAUCUAUCAAGUCAAAUAUCAAGUGCCAUAGGAAAGAUGAACUUUGCUUUCAACCUUGACUUCUCCUCUAAUAGUUUUCAAGGGAAAAUCCCAAUUAGGUGUGUUUCUUACACAUUAGAGUCAUUGUCCUUGCAUAAUUGUCAACUCUAUGGACACUUAACCAACAAACUUGGAAAUUUUAAAAAUUUGAGAAAGUUAGAUUUGUCUGAUAACUCAAUCUCAGGUUCAAUACCAAUAUCCAUAGGAGAGCUUUCAUCCUUAAAAGCUUUAUAUCUUCUUCAAAACAAUUUGAAAGGAAACCUUCCUGAGUCAUUUGGUCAACUUGUCAAUGUGGAAUAUGUUGAUAUUUCCAAUAAUUUUCUUGAGGGCACUCUUUCUGAAGCACACUUUUUUAACCUCACAAAAUUGUCAACUUUAUAUGCAUAUGGGAACCCAUUGACUUUAGAUGUUGAUCCUAGUUGGAUUCCUCCUUUUCAAAGUCACCACUUAUGCUUAGGAUAUUGGCAUUUAGGACCACAAUUUCCACAUUGGCUUUCUUCUCAAACAUACCUAAGAUCAUUAGAUAUCUCUAACUCUGGGAUCUCAAGUACUAUUCCUUGUUGGUUUUCAAAUUUCUCUCUUCAAUUAGAAUAUUUAGAUCUUUCAGAUAAUCAAAUUCACGGUCAAAUUCCAGUUAUUCCUAGCUUUGAGGGUCCACUACCUUGGAUUUCCUCUUUUCUAACAUUGUUAGACCUUUCUAAUAAUAAUCUCUCAGGUUCCCUUUUCAACUUUUUGUGUUCUAGGAUGGAUGAAACCAUGGAAAUGGGUUUUCUCAAUCUUGAAAAUAAUUUUUUUUCUGGAGAGUUACCAAAUUGUUGGACCAAGUGGCCAUACUUAGAGGUCAUUGUUUUAGGAGAUAAUAAAUUUAUAGGAAAAAUUCCAAACUCUAUAGGAACUUUACAAUCCCUUAGAUCAUUGCAUCUUCGUAAAAAUAACUUUUCAAGGGAAAUUCCUGUGUCUAUAAGGAAUUGUACAGCUUUGGAGAUCCUUGAUUUUGGUGAAAAUGAAUUGGAUGGGAACAUUUCAUCAUGGUUGGGUUACAACCUUCCAAAUUUGAAAAUCUUGAGCUUGCAUUCAAACAAGUUUUCAGGACAUAUCCCCAAAGAGCUAUGUGCACUCAAUUUCCUCCAAAUCUUAGACCUUGGUCAUAAUAAUCUUUCUGGAAGCUUACCAAGGUGCAUUAGUAACUUAAGUGCCAUGGUUUAUUCUACAAAUGACUCAUUUGGAAACAACAUUAAGUACAAAUUUGGAUAUUUUAUUGAGAAUGCGUUUCUCGUGAUGAAAGGUCAGAUUCUUGAAUAUGACAUGACUUUGAAUUUGGUAAGAAUCUUGGAUUUCUCAUAUAACAGUUUAUCAGGAAAUAUCCCUUGGGAAAUAACUAGCCUUCAUGGGUUGCAAUCACUGAAUUUGUCACACAACCUUUUGAUUGGAAGGAUCCCUUCAAAUAUUGGUGACAUGAUUUUUCUAGAAUCUCUUGAUCUUUCUGCAAACAAAUUGCUUGGUUCAAUCCCUCAAAGCAUGUCAAAAUUGUCAUUUCUAAAUUGCUUGAACCUAUCCGACAACCAAUUGACUAGGGCAAUUCCUUCAAGUACUCAGUUACAAAGCUUUGAUGCAUCUAGCUAUGUUGGAAAUCAACUCUGUGGCUUCCCACUAGCAGAUAAUUGCAGUGAAAUUAAUCAUGUAGUGCCUUCCACUAGAAAUAGAAAGGGGAAAGAUAUGGAUGGACUUGAAGUGAGUUGGUUGUUUGUGAGCAUGACACUUGGGUUUAGUGUAGGAUUUUGGAGUGUAUUGAGUUCUCUUGUGAUUAGUAGGAGAUGGAGGUAUGCAUACUAUCAAUAUUUAGAUGAGAUGUGGUGGAAAGUCAAUCAUUUGUGUGUGUAAAUUUUUCGAGUCUUGUGUAUUCCUUUUUUCUUUUUUUUUUUCAAGUGUAUUAUUCUUCAUGUCAUUGGAAUGUAUUAUAAAUAAACCAUAGUGUCAUUUCCUCUAAACAGUAAUGUUUUGAUUUUCUGUUCUUUGAAAUGAACGGUAAGAUAAUUA